AUGAAUACUGUCAACAUUAACACACCACCUCCGUAUCUGACUCUAGCACACAAUGAGAAUCUACCUGUAAUUAUGACGGUUGCAGGUUCUGAUUCCAGUGGUGGUGCGGGUGUUGAAGCUGAUGUCAAGACGAUCACAGCUCAUAGAUGUUAUGCAAUGACUUGUGUUACUGCGUUAACUGCUCAAACGCCGGCUAAUGUUUAUAGCAUAAAAGAGACACCGAAGGAAUUCAUAGCUGAAGUGUUAGAUUGUAACUUGAGAGAUAUGAAAUGCAAUGUCAUCAAGACGGGUAUGUUAACGGAAGCUGCUAUUGAAGCGUUGGUAGCCAAAUUGGACUCAACGGACGAGAAGGAAAGACCAAGAUUAGUCGUUGAUCCUGUGCUCGUUGCCACAUCCGGAUGUGCUUUGGGUGAUUCUAGUUUAUGCAAAUUGUUGAAGACUAAAUUGACACCAUAUGCCGAAUUAGUCACCCCAAAUAUUCCCGAAUCUUUUGAAUUGGUAGGUGAAAAAAUUGAAAUUGCAUCUAUCGAAGACAUUUGCAAAUUAGCUAAAAGAGUUUGUAAAGAAACCAAAUGUCCAAAUGUUCUGGUGAAAGGUGGACAUAUCCCAUGGGGCAAUGGGAAAAAGAAACAUAUUACCGAUGUCCUUUACAUUGAAAAGGAAGACAAACAUGUCGUCUACACAGGUAACUAUUCAGAUACUACUCACACGCAUGGUACCGGAUGUACUUUAGCCUCUGCGAUAUCCUCGAACAUUGCUCGUGGCUAUUCUUUGUGCCAAGCUGUCUACGGUGGUAUCGAAUAUGUUCAAAGCAGCGUGGCUAUUGGUUGUGAAGUGGUCAAAUCUCACAUAACUAACAAUGGGCCAGUCAAUCAUGUUUACGCAAUUGAGACACCCUUGGAAAAAAUGCUUGAGGACGAAUGCUUCUCAGCUCAUGAUAUUGUGACGAAGCCUUCAACGCAUUCUGCUGCGUUCGGAAAACAGGAUUUCUUUGAGCGUAUAAUUGCUGAUCCAAGGGUUAAGCCACAUUGGGAUAGCUAUGUUCACCAUGACUUUGUUAAACAGGUUGCGCAGGGCACAUUGAAACGUGAAAAAUUCCAGUUUUUUAUUGAGCAGGACUAUGCGUACUUGAUCGAUUAUGCCAGGGUACAUUGUGUAGCAGGCAGUAAAGCUCCUGCAUUGGAAGACAUGGAAAAAGAGUUAACAAUUGUCGGUAGUGUGAGAAAUGAAAUGAAGCAGCACGAAACAAGACUGAGAGAAGAAUUCGGAGUUGCAGACAGUGCAUAUUUCCAAAACAUCAAAAGGGGUCCUGCAUUGAACAACUACUCACGCUACUUCAAUGACAUCGCAAGACGAGGCAAUUGGCAAGAAUUGGUUGCAUCCUUAUCUCCAUGCCUGAUGGGUUACGGCUGGGCAUUGUUGAACAACGAGAAGUUUAUCACUGUCAAGGACGGUGAUGUUUACCACGAUUGGUGUUACACUUAUCUCUCUGAGGGAUACCAAAAUGCGAUGGUCCAAGGUAGAUCUAUUUUAAAUCAAAUAUCUCAGACCUAUCCAAAGGAACAGUUAGACGUCUUGAUCACAAUCUUUGCUGAAGUUUGCGAACUCGAGACCAAAUUUUGGGACGCUGCACUCAACUACGGAGAAUAG